AUGCGUUCACUUCGGCGGUUUUUGGUGGGCGCAGGGCUGCUACCGAGGCGCAGUACACUCUUUUGGUUUCUUCUCACCUUUGUGGCGAUGGCGCUUGUGAUGAGUGCCACGAUGUUCUGCAGUAUCAUUGUGGAGAAGGAACCCACACACGAACUCACGCAAGAACCCGCCCCGGAAGAUGUGAAGGAACCCGCACAUUCAAGGAGCCACGACGUGCGGCGAGAAGCGGCAAGUACGCAAAAAACCCGAGAGUCACUGUUGCUGCACGCGGGGCACCUUCUCUCCAUUCUGGAGCAAUUUUCAGAGGAAAGCGUGACACAUCCAACGGCUGCCGGGCCCGGGGUGGAACCGGGUGUGCGGCCCGUGGGCAAAGCAGACAUGACCCCCGAGUUUCUCUUAUCACGUUACUAUGAAACCGAGUUGGUACGGUUGAACAACGAUUAUGAAAAGGAAAUUGACAGCGGUUACACGGAGAAUGUUGUCCAUUCUGAAAAUUACUGGAGUCCUUUUCACGCCACACGUCGAGGCUAUGGACUGGAGGGAAGCAUCUUUGUUGGAAUUACACACAGCCAAGAGAAAGUGACAUCGUCGGAGAUGGAAACGGCAUGUGCAGCGACAGUGCGGAACAUCUAUGACGCAGCGCACUGGCCACUUGGUGUGUUUACGGGUAUUGUGGAGAUCACUCUUAGUAAAACUUCUCCCACGACACAUGACCCCACCAAAUCCACAGAAACGCCCAUGGAUUCGGCAGUGCCACCAGCGGAAGAAACUCCUGCAUGGAUACCGCCACCGCCUUCUGUAUGUACCCCUCGUGCGUACCUUUUGCCUAGCUGCGCAGAACGUACUGCGUUUUGCCCCACAGACAACAUUCGCGUUCGUCAGGUGCGAGUUGGGCCGCAGUCAGCAAAUGGAGGCGAUGAUGCAGGAAUUUCAGGGCGUCGCAAGUCUCAUACUUUAUUAUCAUCCGCUGCAGCGCAGCGAUACGCAACGUUGGCUCUUUACCGUGGGGAAACAUAUGUCAUGUUUGUUCGUGCUGGUUUACAGCUUGUUUACAAGUGGGAUGUGCUGACACGUCUACUGUGGUUACAAUUGCCCUCACGUUCCGCGGUGCUGUCACAACCCCCCGUUCAAAUCAACCGUCAGUCCGUUCGUUCGGUGUGGAACCGCGUGGUUGUGAAACAUGUGGAGGGAAUUGUGGUGGCAUCCGAGAAACAAUUUUCUACCCCGGCGAACAACGGGUCGCUUCCGCUCCAACCAGGCGAGGGGCAAAAUGGGAAUGGCGUGGAGCAUUGGAUUGACUCCAUUCGAUGGGCACUUGAUUUGGGGGCCGUACGGCUUCAUUCGGCAGCAGCAGCGGCGGCGGAGGAAGAGGGGAGGUCGGGAGGAGGGAGGAAGAUGCAUGAAAAUAACGAAGGGGAUCCGGGCAUGAUGGAGGAGGAGAUUGUGCAGUAUGUUUUCCAUCAUGAUGCGGAGGUUUUUCGUGAGGCAAAAAAAAAUCUUUUCAGGACUGAUGUGAACACGCCGGAAGGGGGAAAAGAAGAAGAAAAAUCCUCUUCGGGCUCACGGAGCCGCAGGGAUAUUCAAAUUUAUUGGUUAAGACAGUUUUAUGUUUCCCUGCGUGAGGCGCUACUCAAAGACGUGGUGGAGCAGGAGACGACCUCGUGUCUCUCUGGGGUUCAAAUGAAGAGGAUGCAAUCUGGGGGUCAUCUUGACCCCAUCUUUAGACUUCACGCAGCCAGUUCAAAAAGAAUUAGUCAUGCCAUGCAGGACCCACGCUACAUGCGACCUUCACCCUUUCAUGGAUGUGGUGGAAGCGCGAAGAACGCAUGCCCAAAGAUGUCAGACUACAAGGAGGUCUGCAAUGACGACGCCAUCCUUCCAUAUUUACAACAGUCUUGGGUGACGCCGGACUUUUUGUUUACUCGUGCAGAAGCUUUUUUUGACUUUCCACGUGAUGGUAUUGAUGGAUAUAGGGAUCGAUUAAAUGCUGAUAGUGUGCCGCUGGAUCCUUUUUUGAGUUUUCUGGGAGCCGAUGAGGAGGCGGUUUUGCUGAGCGCACGGUUAUGGACACACGGGUGGGAUUUUUUUUCCUCCACGGAGCCAAUUGCUUUUAUUGUGACAAAACCACCCGCCGAGGGUGACGCAUCGGGGACAGACACAUCCACGUUAUCUCCCACCUUGACGCGAAUGCGCCAAAGGAGUGUGGCACGACUUCGACAUGUACUUUUUGGUAAAAAUCGUACUGCAGGGUUGGCGCCGGAUGCAAAGACCGAGGCCUUGCGUCAUGUGGAGCGUUAUGGUCUUGGCAGGCGACGGUCGAGGGAGGAGCUGUUUUAUUUUUCUGGCCUGCGAGAAGCAAUGAAGGACGAGGGAGUGAUAGGAUACAAAGUAGAUGCCCAAAACAACGUGGACCCCACCUGCCCUGCAUCCUUUUGCCACAGCUAG